AAACAAAUUAAACCUCUCAAUUUCCUUCCUCUCUCUCUCUCUGCAAAAAUGGCGGGCUCGCACAGAGGAGGAGGAAGAGGAUCGUUAAUGGUGCCGGCCGCCCUAGCUUUCUCCACCGCCAUUUUCAUCACUUUGUAUAUCGCUUCCACCUCCAAAGUCUUGCUCAUGAUUCACCCCAACCAAACGCACCUCCGCGUCAAACCCCCCGUCGAGUUUUCCAUAAUCAACACCCCGUACCAGAAUCCUCCCGCCGCCGCCGCCACCGGUGGCGGCGGCGGACGGCCUACUAACCAGUCGCAGCCGGCCGCGGCUGAGUUUUCUGACUAUCUCCCGCGAGUAUCAACGCCGGCGAGUACUCGUCCACGUCCAGUUAACGUGAUCAGUCAAAGCACGCAAGGAGAGUUCACGGCCGUCAACUCUUCCGGUAAGAAAAUAGUCAAAAGCAUGAUCAUGCAAGAAGUGUUUCAUGACAAGGAUCUGUUUUUCGAGGAGUACGAGGAGAUGAACCGCACCUUAAAGAUAUACGUUUACCCGCACAAGAAAAACGACCGUUUCGCCAACGUACUGUUGCCGGUGGACUACGAGCCCGGCGGCAACUACGCCAGCGAAAGCUACUUCAAGAAAUCAAUCUUCAGAAGCCACUUUAUCACCAACGAUCCAAACGAGGCGCAUCUCUUCUUUCUGCCGUUCUCGAUCGCCGGUUUGAGGAACGACAAGCGGGUGGGCGUCGGCGGGAUUAAGGAUUUCGUGAAGGAUUACGUUUCGUACGUCAGCCGCGAGUUCCCGUUCUGGAACCGGUCGGCGGGGGCCGACCAUUUCUACGUCUGCUGCCACUCCGUCGGGAGGUCGGCGAUGGAGAAGGCGGCGGAGGUGAAGAUGAACGCGAUUCAGGUGGUUUGCUCCUCCAGCUAUUUCCUGCCGGGGUACGUGGCGCACAAGGACGCCUCCGUGCCGCAGAUCUGGCCGCGCCCGGGAGAUCCGCCGAGAAAACCGCCGGAAGAGAGGGAAACCCUAGCGUUCUACGCCGGCGCGUUGAACUCGCGCGUGCGGCAGGACCUCGUGGCGGCGUGGGGCGACGACUCCGAGAUUUCCGUCCACCGCAGCCGCCUGAAAACGCCGUACUCGGAGGCGCUACUCGGGAGCAAGUUCUGCAUCCACGCCAAGGGCUUCGAGAUCAACACCGCCCGAAUCGGCGACGCCAUCUACUACGGCUGCGUGCCGGUGAUCCUCGCCGACUUCUACGACCUCCCGUUCGCCGACGCCUUGAACUGGGAGAGCUUCUCGGUGGUGGUCUCUUCGAUGGAUAUCCCAAAACUGAAAGAAAUCCUUAAAGGGAUCAGCCAUGAGGAGUAUGUGAAGCUGCAGAGCAAUGUGGUGAAGGUGCAGAGGCAUUUCCGGUGGCACAAUUUUCCGGUGGAUUUUGAUGCGUUUCAUAUGGUAAUGUUCGAGCUGUGGCUUCGAAGAAGCCAUGUAAAAGUAGUUUAUUAAUUAAUAAUUACUUCUUACCCAAAACUGUACGUGCUAUCUACCACGUUAUUUGGUAGGGUUUAGUAUGCUAGCUUGCAUAUAUAUUGAAGAAGCGAAUUGAAGGUGCAACAAUUGUAAUGUAAUAAUAAUGUUGUACCAACUUUAUAUUAUUAAAGGUGCUGCUUAAAGAUUAAGUAGUUUAAGUAUGAA